AUGAAGGGAACGCAUACUUAUGGUGGCAAGAAAAGGGAAGCAAAUGGAAGUCUCGCCAAUGGCACGAAUCGCAAUGGUAAUGGUAGUCAUACUGGAAUUGGAUUAUACGAAACGGAUGAGGUGACUAAAGCGUUUGACGACCGCUUAAACUUUUUGCUGGUAAAUAGUGUUGGGUCAGAAGCGGUAAUCACUGUUACUAGUGGUGCUAGAUAUCAGGGUCUGCUGACGGCUUGUAGUCCAGCCGGCGCGAAUGGAAUAAAUGUAGUACUCAAGGGGGCCAAGCUGGUUGACAGAAGCUUUGCCGCAGAUCAAUUGGCCUCAGAUCUCCAAGAGAACCUGGUGAUUAAGGGAGAAGAUGUGGCCGAAAUGGAAUUGCCUAAUGUGGACUUUGGGAACGAUGAUAAGGUUGGGUGUUUAGAAACCACCAAUGAUCUGAGUAAAGAAGUUUCUGAGGGGCAAGUGGCAGGACUGGCGCCCGUUGCGAAACGCGAUGAAAAGAUGGAAGUGUUAAGUGCUCCUUCGGAGACAAAAGCUGGAUCAGAGUCCGAGAAGCUUGCCAUGAAACCUUCAACUGAUGAACCUCUGGUAAUUGCAUCAGCCUCCAAUUCAAGUUUUGAGUUCAAGACAGAUACCGAUAUUUCGGGUAGCAAAAGAGACGUGAAAGAGCGUAAACUGGAAAGGUGGGUUCCAGAUACGAGUGAAUCAUUCGAACUUAGUGAAGGACUAGAGGAUAACAAAGAGUCGUGGAACCAGUUUGCUGUCAACGAAGAAAAGUUUGGCAUAACAUCCAGUUUUGAUGAACAUCUUUAUACAACUCGAAUCAACAAGAAUGAUCCUAGUUAUAGGGACCGUCUAAAGGAGGCUGACAGAAUAGCCAAGGACAUUGAAGCCCAAGGAAUGUCAGGUAACGUUCACUUGGCUGAAGAGAGGGGCAUUUUUGUGGAUGACUCUGGAGUGGACGAGGAGGACAAAUAUUCUGGUGUCGAUCGCAGAGGGGACGAGCUGCUUGCUCAACUUAAAAUGAAUGCAAAAAACGCACCUGCCAAGACAAACAAGUACGUUCCGCCUACUUUGAGGCACCAGCCCCACAAUCUUGAUCCUGCUAUUAUAUCGUCAAGGACAGCAGCGGUACCUCAACCGAUCGUCACAACUAGACCUUCUAAAGAGGAGAGCACUAUCGAGAACAAGCAGCCUUCGCCUCCAAAGAGGAAUCAGCUUGAUGAGCUUAAGCGCUUUUCAGAGAAGUUCAAGGUGCCCUAUGAUAUGCCUGAAGAGGUCAAGUCGAUGUUCAAAAAAACUGAAAUCUCGCCUAAAGGUUCGCAUUCAAGCUUGAAACUCAAUCCAUCACUACCACCUAAGCCGGUGAAUCUGCCAUCAGUGGCUCCCACUUCUAUGGGUCCUUCAAGAAGUGUAAAAACAUCGAGAGGUUCUACUCCUUCUGCUCCUAAGGUAGAAUUGAGAAAGAAUACCGGCAGGGUUACUCAAGGGCAUACUCCAGUAUCAUCACCAUCAGCCACGAGACACACCAAUAUUUCAAGAAGGCGUAACAUUAGCCAAGGCUCGUUCCUCGGACCCAAGGGCCCUCAAGCUCAUAGAAAGAAUUUGACCAGAAAUUUCAACAUGUUCAUCAAGUCUAAAGAAGUUUUUGAUGAGGGUCGUAAAAAUCAAAAGGCAGAUGAGUUUUUUGUGGUUGAGAAGCCUUAUUUCACGGCCCCUACCUGGAUGAGCAAUGUCGAACAGUCCUACAAGACGCUGUUCCCGGAUGAACAUACCGCUAUGCAACGGUCUCAGCUCAAAAUGCAGCAGCGUAGUAUCCAUGCUAUGUCCAAUGCCGGUAGUCCUCACAUGAUGGCGCUGCCAGGUAUGGCGAUGGGCGUCCCAAUGGCCGGAGCGCCAAAUGCAUCUCAUAAUUCUUACAUGUUGGGUCCCAGCGGUAAUACUGGCGUCUAUAUGCCUUUUCAGCCACCUGGUUUCUACCCACCAAUGAUGCAGAUGAUGCCUAUGGGUGCAGAAGAGAGAACGACUGCUAGCCCACCGCCCAAUGCAGGCUCCCCUCACGCGGGGACAACCUUCAUGAAUGCUGGUCCUCCAGCAGCAUCCAUGUCACCCUUCAAUUACCCCCAAAGCAUGCCGUUCCAGCCAAUGAUGGGUUCUGGGUCGUUCAGGCAAAACUUUCAGUCUCAUCCUCAUCAGCAUCAUAACAAUCGACACAGAGGGUCCAACCAUUGA